AUACUUUUGAUUUAUAGGGGCAUGGUGGAAGUGUGGAACUAUUGGGAACCCUCGUGUGACACUGUCACAGUAAGUGCGCCACCAUUCGUCGUCUCUGAAGGCAAUGCGUCUGAAUUCCACUACAUUUUCCGGCUGAAUCUUCCGAUUUCUGCCCCAAUUCCAAGCAAACACAAAAAGAAGCUCAAGUCAAAUCCCGACAAUGCAUCUUUGAUCUGCACAGAUUCGGAUCCGUUCCAGUUCGCAACAGCUCGGGAAGCAAAACAUGGCGCUUGGAGAGGCGGCGACGGUGGCGCAGCUGGCGGGGCUGAGCGCCGGCGCACUGAUCGGGCUAAUAGUGAGAGCAGCCAACACCGCACGAAUGCACAAGCACAACUGCAACCAGUUCGCGCAGCACGUGAAGAUGAUCGGGAAUCUUCUGGAUCAGCUCAGGGUUUCUGAGCUCGAGAAGUACCCUGAAACCAGAGAGCCAUUGGAGCAGCUUGAGGAUGCUCUCAGGAGGGCUUACCUUCUCAUAAACAGUUGCCAAGAGCGGAGCUAUUUCUACCUCAUUGCCAUGGGGUGGAGCAUUGUUUACCAGUUCAGAAGGGCCCAGGAAGAGAUUGAUCGAUACUUGAGGAUCAUCCCUCUCAUUGCCCUUCUUGACAAUGCUAGAGUCAAGAGAAGGCUAGAAGAUAUACAGAGGGAUCAGCGCGAAUAUACGUUGGAUGAAAAUGACAGAAAAGUGCAGGCUGUGAUUCUGAAUCCACAACCUUCUAAAAACGACAGAAUUGUGUUGAUAAAGAACCUAUCUCGUUCUUAUCCCAAUUUGCCAGUCAAUGCAGCGCUCAAGAGUGAAAGUAAGAAACUCCGGGUAGAAUUACAACAUUCACAAGCUAAUAUGGACGCAGGUCAAUUCGAAGUGAUUCAGCGUCUGAUUGAGGUUACAGAAGACGUGGCGAGUAGUCUGUCAGCAGAGAGUUCACCCGUGAGAAGUGCAAAGAAAUUGGAGGUGAAUGUCGAGAAUGACUCUAAGCUAACAGAGAGUCAUAAGACUGAACGAGUUCUGUCGGGACAUAAUCUUGGAUCAACUAAGAGCUCGAGUUGGCAAGAAGAGUGGCAAGCAGAUCUACUUGGAUGCUGUUCCAAGCCUUCCUUGUGUGUGAAGACUUUCUUUUGGCCAUGUGGAACUUUUGCGAAAGUUGCAUCAGUAGCUACUGGAAAACAAAUCACUUCAGCAGAAGCUUGUAACGAAAUGAUGGCCUAUUCUUUAGUGUUAUCGUGCUGCUGCUAUACAUGCUGCAUCCGGCAAAAGCUCCGUAGGGUUCUCAACAUUAAGGGAGGUGCUGUUGAUGACUUCUUGUCGCAUCUCCUGUGUUGCUGCUGUGCAUUAGUCCAAGAAUGGCGGGAGGUGGAGAUCCGAGGAGUGCAAGGAGUGACGAAACCUGGUAUGAACCCUCCCCCAUCUCAGAACAUGGAGUACUAAAAGACUGUUCUUUAUUGACUAUAAGUUGCUAUAAGUUAUCAUCCAUCAUUUGUACAUGAAUCUUUCUAUCUCAUAUAUAUAUAUAUAUAGCUUUGAUUUACGGGAAAGCAUGUAGCCACUACCCGAAGGUGCUCUCUAUAUAUGUAUAUAUAUGCAGCAGUAUUACAUGACCCAAUCUGUGGCUGAACUGUGGAAGUGUUGUUGUAGACUUGAAGUGUUAUAAUUCAAACAUAGUUAUUGAUGCUAAA